UUUUGAUUGAUUUGAAAUUAUUUGUCCGUUUGAAAUUUUAAAGUAUUUGACGUUUCAUACGAAGCUUCGGGUACUCACUGCAAACUCCAAGAAACUGACAUCAACCAACUGAAAACAUAAAACACCACCUCCACCACCAAUCCUGGCAUUCUAGCUUUCACUUCUUCGUCACCACAAACGUCAUUGUUUCCCCCUCAAGACCCCACACCAUCAGCAUAUAAAUCCAUCGCAGUUGUCACCAUUUAAACACACUCACAACCUCACUAACCUUCAUUCCAAUAAUCUCCCUCGUUGUAAAACGACAAAGAUCAUGGUUCAAUCUCAACCUCACUUCCUCUUAGUAACUUAUCCAGCCCAAGGUCACAUCAAUCCAGCUCUCCAGUUCGCUAAACGACUCCUCCGAUUAGGUGUCAAGGUCACCUUCACCACCUGCCUCUCCGCCUACCGCCGCAUGAGCAAAGCUGGCCGGAUUCCAGACAGUUUGAGCUUCGCUCCCUUUUCCGAUGGCUUUGACGAUGGCUACAACUACAAGGACAGUGACGCCUCAUUUUACCUGACUCAGUUGAGAAACCGAGGAAAACAAAGCUUGAAAGAAACCAUUCUUUCUUGCGACAAAGCUGGCACUCCGAUCACUUGUUUGGCUUACACCAUCCUUCUCCCUUGGGCCGAGGAGGUGGCGCGUGACCUAAACUUGCCAUCAGCUCUUCUUUGGAUUCAACCAGCAUCUGUAUUUCGUGUCUACUACUAUUACUUCAAUGGGUACGAUAAACUGAUUGGUGAAGACUCAAAAGACCCAUCAUGGUCCAUCGAAUUACCAGGGUUGCCCUCUCUCAAAAGUCGCGACCUCCCCUCCUUUUGUCUACCUUCGAACACUUACAACUUCGCACUUCCUUUGUUCAAAGAACAGCUAGAUAUCUUGGAUUCGGAAGACAGGCCUAAAAUACUAAUGAACACCUUCGAUGCUUUGGAAGAAGAAGCUUUGAAACAUAUCGAUGAGAAGCUAAAGAUGGUCGCAGUAGGGCCGUUGAUUCCGUCAGCUUUCUUGGAUGGAAACGAUCCAUCUGACACAUCUUUCGGCGGAGAUUUGUUUGAAAAAUCAAAAGACUACAUCGAAUGGAUGAACACAAAGCCUGAGGGAUCCAUCGUGUACAUUUCUUUUGGCACCUUGAUAACACUGUCGAAGAAACAGAAGGAAGAAAUGGCACAAGCUUUGUUGAAGAUCCGACGUCCGUUUUUGUGGGUGAUCAGAGAUAAAAACGGCGACAUGAACACGACGAAAGAAGAUGAAGAAGAGGAAGACGAAGUAAGUUGUAUAAAGGAACUGGAAGAAUUAGGUUUGAUAGUUCCAUGGUGUAGUCAAGUAGAGGUGUUAUCUCAUCCAUCUUUAGGUUGCUUUGUGACGCAUUGUGGGUGGAAUUCGACGCUGGAGAGUAUAGUUUGUGGGGUUCCGGUGGUGGCGUUUCCUCACUGGACAGAUCAGUCGACGAAUGCGAAGCUGUUAGAAGACGUGUGGGGAACGGGGGUGAGGGUGGCGGCUACCGGAGAAGGAGUGGUUGAAGGGGAGGAGAUAAGAAGGUGUAUUGAAAUGGUGAUGGGAGGGGAUGAUGAAGGAUUAACAAUGAGAAAGAAUGCUAAGAAGUGGAAAGAUUUGGCAAGAGAUGCUAUGAAGGAAAGUGGGUCGUCUUUUAUGAAUCUCAAGGCUUUUGUUAAAGAAGUUGAUGGAAGCUCGAAGCGGAAUAGAGUGCCGAUUUCUAGUGAAGAAUCUGAAUCCGAAUCGAGAUCUGGUCAUUCUGUUUGAUUUCAUAUAAUAAAGUUUAAUUUAAAUUUCUAUUGUUAAUGAUUAAUUGGACAAUAUUAAGUAGAAAUGUAAAAUUAUUCAAAUGAUUGGGACAAUAUUAAGUAGAAUUUUUUUGGUC